CCGGCUGCUUCGGGCUGGCGGAGGGGAAAAGUUCCCGGGGGAGGCUGGAAACUUGAGAAGCGAAGGGGUGGAAGCCUGAGUUUUGAUCUAUGUUCCACCUUCAGCCAGCUGCCUGAGAGGAUUUCAUGAUCACAUGACCCUGGACAUGGACGCUGUCUUGUCAGAUUUUGUCCGUUCCACGGGAGCAGAACCAGGAUUGGCCCGUGAUCUUUUGGAAGGAAAAAAUUGGGAUGUAAGUGCAGCCCUCAGUGAUUUUGAACAGCUUCGUCAGGUCCAUGCUGGGAACCUGCCCCCACCCUUCAGUGAGGGUCGAGGUGGCCCCAGACCCCCUGAGAAGGGACCUCCUGAAAAGGAGCCCACUCGUCCCCCCCGGCCCACCCUCCAUCGUCAGGAUGACAUUAUCCAAGAGAAACGCUUGUCCCGGGGCAUCUCUCAUGCCAGCUCCAGCAUUGUCUCCCUAGCUCGUUCUCAUGUCUCCUCUAGUGGUGGGAGUGGGGGGAGCAGUGAACACCCUCUGGAGAUGCCGAUAUGUGCCUUCCAGCUUCCAGACCUCACUGUAUUCACUGAAGAUUUCCGCAGCUUCAUCGAGAGGGACCUUAUCGAACAGUCCAUGUUGGUUGCCCUGGAACAAGCAGGGCGUCUAAACUGGUGGGUAAGUGUGGACCCUACCUGCCAAAGACUUCUGCCUCUAGCAACAACAGGAGAUGGAAAUUGCCUCCUGCAUGCAGCCUCUCUUGGGAUGUGGGGUUUCCAUGAUCGGGACCUAAUGCUCCGUAAAGCACUUUACUCACUGAUGGAGAAGGGAGUGGAGAAGGAGGCGCUGAGACGGCGUUGGAGGUGGCAACAGACACAGCAGAAUAAGGAGUCUGGGCUUGUGUAUACAGAGGAGGAAUGGCAGAAGGAAUGGAACGAACUCAUCAAGCUUGCUUCAAGUGAACCCCGAAUGCAUAUAGGUACCAACGGAGCCAGCUGUGGAGGGGUGGAGAGUUCAGAAGAACCUGUAUAUGAGAGCCUGGAAGAGUUCCAUGUCUUUGUUCUUGCACAUGUGCUUAAGAGGCCAAUUGUUGUCGUGGCAGACACCAUGCUUAGAGACUCGGGCGGAGAAGCAUUUGCCCCAAUCCCCUUUGGGGGGAUCUAUCUGCCCUUGGAAGUCCCAGCCAACCGGUGUCACCGGUCACCCCUGGUGUUGGCCUAUGAUCAGGCUCAUUUCUCUGCCCUGGUGUCUAUGGAGCAGAAAGAGAACUCCAAGGAGCAAGCAGUGAUCCCACUCACAGACUCUGAGCACAAGCUGUUACCCUUGCACUUUGCAGUGGACCCUGGAAAGAACUGGGAGUGGGACAAGGAUGAGAGUGACAACGUCAGGCUGGCCAGUGUGACCCUGUCCCUGGAGGCAAAAUUACACCUGCUGCACAGCUACAUGAACGUGAAAUGGAUCUCUUUACCUGCUGACGCACAGGCUCCCUUGGCCCAGCCCGAGUCCCCCACGGCCUCCGCUGGGGACGAACCCCGCUCUACCCCAGAAUCAGGGGACUCUGACAAGGAGUCAGUUGGCAGCAACUCUACCAGCAAUGGGGGAAGUGGACGAAAAGAGAAGCCGAAGCGAGAUCGGGAGAAGGACAAGAAGAGAGCGGAUUCGGUCGCCAACAAGUUGGGCAGCUUUGGCAAGACUUUGGGCAGUAAACUGAAGAAGAACAUGGGGGGCCUAAUGCAUGGCAAGGGUGCCAAGCCUGUUGGGAUUGGGGUGGGGUCUGGGUUGCCACCCAGUGGCAGUGAGAUACUGGACAAGAAAAAGAAAGGCUCAAUCAAGGGCUGGAAGGGCAGCAAGGAGGAUACAUGUGGGGAUAUCGGUGGGUCUGAAAAGCCGACACCUGAAUCUCCAGGUGAUGGAGGGAGCAAGUAUAGCCAGGAGGUGAGGCUGAGCUUGAGCAUUAUGAGAAUUGCAAUGCAGGGGGAACGUAAGUUUAUUUUUGCUGGCAACCUGAAGAUGAGUCACCGCCAUCAGUACCAGGAGGAGAUGAUCCAGCGCUACCUGGCAGAUGCUGAGGAGAGAUUCCAGGCUGAGCAGAAGCAGAAAGAGGCAGAAAGGAAAAUGAAUGGAGGGGGUGGAAGUGGGCCCCCCCCAGCGAAGAAACCAGAGCCAGAUGGGGGAGAAGAGCUCCUGAGCCCCUCCCCACCAGAGCCCAAGGCUACCCUCUCUACCAGCCACCCUGGGGGCUUCACUAUCCCCAGACCAGCUGGGGGUGGUCCCCACUGCCAGGACCUUGGGAGGCAGGUGGCAGGGGGUCCCUGUGGAAGGGGACUCCCCUCUUACGCUACCUUUCCUAGACAGUGCUCCUCAGGGCGGCCCUACCCCCAUCAGGACCCAGUUCCUUUGGAGAGAGACAGUCAUUCUGUGGAUGGAAACCCGGGGGGACCAUUGUUACCCUCCUCCUUUCGUGUGGCAGACAGCUACAGUAAUGGCUACAGGGAGCCCCCGGAGCCAGAUGGCGCUGGUGGAUGGGGUGGAGGGACAGCGGAAGACUUGGGGCUUCCCCUGACCCAGACCAAGUGCAAACAGCCGAACUGCAGCUUCUAUGGACACCCCGAGACCAGCAACUUUUGCUCCUGCUGCUACCGGGAAGAACUGAGGCGGAGGGAGCAGGAAAGGGGUGGGGAGCUGUUGGUACACAGAUUCUGAAUGGGGGUGGAAGCUGGGAGGGUAAGGGGGCAAAACAAAGAGAGGUAAGCGCAACUGAUUGGCUCAUCGUGACCCAGCCCAUUGUGGGUAGGGCUAAUGCGAUAACCUCUGUGGGACCCAACCCAGACUUCAGGGUGUUGGGGGGAUGGGUAGCCCAGGCUGCUAGGAGCUGGCCAGGGCUGGGUAGGAAAACUGAGAAAGAUACCUCAUAAACAGUAGUAUUCCCCAUAGUACUGGGUUUGUCAGGGUAGGAGAAGUAAAUGGGGACAUUGUUGUGGUUCCACCUAAUAACCCAUCUUUCCACCUCUUGGGAUGUUAAGGGACAGUUAGCUAUUGGGACACCAUGAGGUUAGCAGAGAAAUAGGCUUGAGGUUGGUGGAAUAAAAGACCAAAGUUCUUUGUAGGUUGGAAAAGUAUGUGACCCAAGGGAGGUUAAAAUAAACUUAUUACUGGUUUGGAUUCAGGUAGAGAGUUGGGCAGGAGUUCUUUCUGGAAGAAGCUAGCAGGACUGGGCCAGUGACUGGUUGGGGGUGGGGAAAGAGGGCAGUAUUUAGAUUAAAUCACGAAGUUUAUUUCCUAGAUGGAAGGAAAUCAUUUUCCUAUGGUUCUGUUUCCUCCUUAAAAAAAUUGAGAAGUCUGUAUCAUUUAUUCCAGUUUGGGGGGAGGAUUGUUGCUUAUUCUAUCCUACCCUUUUCUGGGUCACAGUUCAGCUGGGUUGAGGUAGCUGCCAGUUGAUGGGGCUAUGAAUCAUCUUUAAUUUUAAUUAUCUUAGUUUUCAAGCAUUUUGUGGAGGGAUAGAGGCAGAAGAGCAACUUCUGUGUGUUUUGGGUUUUUUCUGGAUGGAUUUUGCAGAGAUAGCUUGUAGAGAUCAUGAUUUUUGGCCAUAUCAGUAACUAAACAUGGGGAUUUGGGUGGGAUAUGGGCUUGGCUUGGUGGAUGAGAGAUAACUAGCAAGACUGUUAAACAAAAACAAACCCUAAAAAACCCUAAACCUGCUAUUCCCAUCCUGUUAGGAGCACUGCUUUAAAGUAGAAUGAAAAAUUAUUUUAUGAACUAAUUUGUUUGAAAAAGAAGAAAAACACACAAAAAGAUUUCUUUUUCUACUUGUGUGAUAUUUCUCCUUCCUUUUCACUUCUGGGGAGUGAACUUAAUUAACAUCUAGGCUUCUUUUGUUGAGCCAUAGCUGACCGUAGGUUUGUGGGUAGUUUAUUUUAAAAUGAAAAUUAAUAAAAAAAAAUAAUUUGCAAGAAGAUAUUUUUGAUAUUAGGACUAAAGAGACAUUUAGAGGUGGAGGUAAUUUAUAGAAGAAGUGGGGAAUUAGUGAAACAUGACAUUUUGGAGUUAGCACCACAGACUUUACUCCCAGUGAGCUGACUAACGCUUAGAUGAAUCCCCUUUUCUGGCCACCCAGCUCCCUUUCCAUGGGAAUUGAGGGGCCCUUCACAGUUUGCACAAAGCACAAGCCAGGACAGAGGUGCUUCUGGCCCUGACCACUUCUAAAAGCUUUAAACAGAGGACCUUUCUUGGUCCCAUCUUCGCUUUCUCUUUUUGACUUUUCUUAAAGGUGUCAACUAUGCAAUUAUCCAUUCCUAGAUUUGUUCAGAAACGGAGAAUAUAAUCAUGCCUAGCAUCUGGAGUGCUGGUUGAGACUUAAUACUUCUCUACUUGGAGUUUCCUGAGAUGCUUUCUUACCUCACCUGCUCCAAAAUGUAGUCCUCCCUGUUUUUAAUUCCAGUUUUCUCCUUAAUGCCUAGGGGGCAAAGAUAAGGGCUUUCUGCCGGCAGAUGCAGCUGGGGAAUUUUCAUUAAGAAGAGAGGCUCUUUGCCCCACUGUCCAGUGAGGGUGCUUGGGGAGAGAGUGUAUAAAACUUCUCCUGCAUGUCAGAGCUAUACAUAACUAGAUGAAGCGUUUCCCUCUUUUGCUUCCAUUUCUCAGCCGCAAAGCCCAUUCUCGUCAGAGUCUGGCUUUGUUGUUUUCUGUAACCUUACUGCCUCUGGCUCUUCUAUCUUGGACUCUUGAAAAAAUGUUUAUUUGGUUUUAAAUAAGCAAAACUACCCAAGACAAAUGGGGUGUAUUUUCCUGGGAUGAGGGUGGAGAAGCUGACCUAGAAAUUUCCGUGUUUCCCCACCCCACCCCAAUAUGGUUUUUUUUCUUUUCAUAGUUCCUCUGUCAUCUUCCUGAAAGCUUAUAGUGUGGGCUUGAUCUAGAUCGAUGGAAGGAGAUCCCAAGAGAAAAAAGCCAAGGAAGUUUCAAGCCUCUUCCUCCUCAAAAAAAAAAAAUGCUCUAUCGUUCUUUUGAGUUUGAACUCUAGUUAGGUUCUUCUAGUUUGACACCUUUUUGUUUUUAAAUUUGAGAGUGAGAAUAGAAAUGAAAUUAUUACAAAAUCCUCCAUGGCAUGUGUUGUGUUUUUUCCAAUAAAGAUGUAAUUUUAACUCCACACCCUUUCCCCACCCCCUCAAAAAAAAAAAAGUUCUGUUUCCUGGCUGAGGAUGGGUUGGGAUGUAGGUUGGGUCUCCUUUAAGCCCUGUGGAUUUUUCUUAAACACUAUUUUUUUAAAUGGAAGAAGGUAAUUAUUUAUUGAGGCAUUGAGACCCUGUCCCCUUCUGAAUGUGAGGAGGGGUCCUGAGAUUAAUAGCUAUUUUUCUACAGGGGAAGAUGGGUGAAAGAUUUUUUGGGGGGGGGGAGGGGAUCAUGCUACCCUCGAGAUCAUGACAGUGUGUAAGUUUUUGUUCUAUAACAGCAAGUCCUUUAGAAGGGGGGAGGGGAAGGAGGAAAGUAUCAUUAGUGUUUUAGGCAUGGAGGCGGGUGCCCUAUCUAACCAUCCCUCGAACUCAUUUGAGUUUGAGAGUGGUGUAUACGUGGAAGGGAGGCAAAAAUCCUUUAACCAAGACUAGGGGUGCCCCCAUCUCUCAGUCUUCCAAGUGCACUUACACUCUUCAAGUACCAGGCUUCAGGGGUUCCAAGGACAAGGAGCUUUCCAAGGUUCUUAUAUUUUCUUUUCCUUUUGCCCCAAGAACUUUGCUGUUGGUCUACCAUUCCACCCUCUCCUUUCUUUGACCUUAUCCAUGUGAUUCUAGGAUGUUGUGUAGGAGCAGCCCUAGAAUUCCUCCAGUAUCUUCUUUUUAAAAUUCCCUUGUUGCCCUGCUGAUUGUGUUUGAGAGUUGUAUGCGAUUUAAUCCAGAUUUUCCCCCCUCUCUAAUUGGUUUAGCUUUUAAUUGACAAAAAUCUGUAAAAAGGGUUUUAAAAUUCACAUGGAGGGGGUUGGGGUUUGGGGGGGAGGUCUCAAAUCUCUCCUAGUUAAACUUACUGUAAAAGAGCCAGAGGUGAAAGGGGUGGGGUUGGGGGGACAGGUGCUACCUUCUCUCCCCCUUACUGAUUCCUUCUCAUAUAUGCAAAACCCUAGAGCUC